AUGGAUUUUGGAAGCACUGCAGAGAAUGAGCACGUGCAGCUGCAGGACAGGAAUGAGAGGCUGCACGGGCUCGGAAACCUGCAGGAGAGGAUGGGGAAGCUGGCUGGCUCUGAAACAGAUUUCUCAGCCAGAAUGGUCUUCAGUGAAGAGGAGAAACUGAAGAUUUCCAAAGACCUCAUUGAUCUCCAGAUCGAGACAAACAAAAUGAAGGAGCAGUAUGAGACGGAGAACUUUGAACUGAAAAACAUGAUCCUGGCCCUGGAGAAUCGUGUGCUGGAUCUGGAGCACUGCAGUGAGAAGGUCACUGGGGAGCGGGAUGCCUUACGGGAGCACCUGCAUGCUCUGGAGAUCAGUCGGAAGGAGCUGGCGGAUGAGUGCAACAUUUUGAAAAGCAAUUACCUGGCCCUGGGCAAAGAACUGGAGCAGGAGGUCAUGAAGAAUGAAGAGCUCAGCCUAGAGCUGCUCAAUCUGGCCAAUGCCAGGAGCACCUGUCCUCGCACAGAGGGCUACCGCUCCCCCGCCAAGGCCGAUGAAUCCUCUGCCAAGCUGGAAAGGGUGCGAGCAAUGGUGCACUGUCUCUCUGCUCGGAAGGUGAAGCCAGAAGAUGUAGUUGCCUCUGAACAUGAGCGGCAAAAGCUGGACAGAAACUUGCUUGGAAACCAGGAUCACAUAAAAGUGGAGCUUGAAAAACUGAAGAAAACCUAUGAUUCGCAGCAUCAGAAGCUGGAAGAGAGAGUGAUCGCAAUGGGGAAGGAGCUGCAGGAGGCGAAGGGAGCGACUGGGGACACCCAGCACAAGCUGGUGGAGCAGUCAGCGGUGCUGCUGACCUCCCAGAGCCAGCUCCAAGAGGUGGAGGCCGAGAACUCCCAGCUGCAGCUCCGGCUGAAGGAGCUGAAUGAGGAAUAUCGCUGCCGGCUCGCGCAGUACGUCAAGGACGUGGCGGACUACAUGGACAGCAAAUCCAACAACGGUCCUAGAAAAGCCCCAGCUGAUCAUGCUCCCAUGAAACGCUUUGUGGACAGCAUGCUGAAGGAUAUCAGAGCUUCCUACAAGUCUCGGGAAGAGCAGCUAGCUGGAGCGGCACGUGGCUACAAGAAACGCAUGAAGAACUUGGUCAAGAAGCAUGAGAACCUGCUGAUUGCUUAUGGGCUCCAGAGAGAGCGGAUCCGGUCCCUGGGCAGCAGCGCUAUGGAUUGUGGCCCUGCGGAGCUCCACUUUUCCAUCACAGACCCAGAGCUGCUAACAAACACAACCCGGGAGCUAAACCGGCUGCGGGAGAAUAAAGCAAAACUGGAGAUGCAGCUACAUGAGUUGCAGAAGGUGGUGGCUGGGCUGCUGGCUUUCUGCGGCAGUGAAACUGGGAGGCAGCUGGAUGAGGAGGGCUGGGCAGAAGUCAGGAAGCAGCUCCGGGAGUUCACACGCACCACCCAGGAGGAUUUGGAGCAGGAGAAGAGCCAGCUGCUGACUCGGGCGAUCGUGGCAGAAGAGCAGGUGUCCGAGCUGCAGGAGUACAUAGAUAAGCAUCUUGCAAGGUACAAGCAGGAGAUCCUCCGGUUGAGGAAGCUUGCUGGCAGCGAGCUGCCAUGCGUGCUCAGUGCCGGGACGGCCGACAGUCUCUCACUGCCCAGAGCCAGAAGGACUGUCAGCCAUGAACUGUAG